CGGUCAAAACUGCCUUAUAAAUACGUCGCUACGUGUAACGCAAGUUUCCAGAUUUCACGGCUUUCCCAAUCUCUUCGGCUCCUCCCACGCCAUUGCUUCUUCGAUUCCGGACUUCGCAGUUCCAGCCUCCGAAUUAACCAUGCAACGGCUACAAAAGAUUCCAGGUCGCAUACCGGAAGGCUGCAGAUUUCGGCCAUCAGAUGUGCACUUAGUAGACUUUCUUAUGUCUUUUGUCCAUGGGAAACCAGUUCCUCCAACAGGUCCCAUAAAGUUGAAGGAUGUGAGCUGCGGAAUAGAACCAUGGCAGAUUUUCCAGAUAUCAAGAGAAAGAACUUUGUACUUCUUUACACCACCUAAUAAACGCCUUUCGAAAAAGAGUAGUUCCCCUAUCAGAGAAGGGAGAUGGAGUACUCGAGGCAAAGGUGAACCUAUUUACAGAUUCAAUAUCAAAGAUCCGUCUCAACUUAUCGGAUACAAGCGAAUCUUGAGAUACCGAAAUGAAAAUUUACCACAACAUGAUGGGGCAUAUAUGAUGACAGAAUACUCCCUCACUGAGGAGAUCAAAGCCAAGCUCGAAACAUCAUUGAAAGAUUUUGUUGUCUGUCAAAUCAAAUGGAAACGGGUUCCUAGACUGAGAGUCAUUCGAAAUAUCAUCUCUGAGUCGCCUUCUGGAGUCGUUGAGUUGCAGCCCAAACUCGAUCACCUGCUGUCCAGUUUUGAUGAGAUGCAGCUUGGAGGCGGGGCAUGCAACGACCGCCAUUGUUCCUAAAGGCCACAUUCAAUGUGUUACACCCCACUCUGAAUGAGUUGCGUGCCAUUCAGUAUCAAUGAGUUGCAGUAAAGAUAAAGAAAGAAUUAGGAGUUUUUGCUUAUCAUAUGAAUCUACUAUGAGAAACUUGCAAGGACGAAAAGCUAUAUUUUCCACUACUUAUUGCUUUCUAUGCAUUUAUAUACUUACAAGUGUAUGAAUAUAUCCUUUCUUUAGAUGUAAUUCAAAAUAGAAAUUAAAAAUUCCACAGGGCGGACCGUAGUAGAGACCCAAGGAGUUACCGCCCCCAACAAAAAUCUUUUUAGUAUAUAUAUAUAUAUAUGUGAAAAAUUAUUUUCGCCCUCCCAAAAAAUAUUUUGAACCCCCCAAAAAAUAUUUUCGCCCCCAAAAAUAUUUUCAAGGAAACUAUGACUUUCCUGGAUCUGCCCCUGUCACCUGACUGUAAUAUCAAAACAAUUUCAUAUUUGCACAUCCUCUUAUCUUAUUGGUUCCUGAUUAGCUUAUGAUUUAUUAUUGUUCUAGUUUUUUAUUUUUCUUUGGAUAACAUUAAAUAAUAAAUCUCACCCUUGGCCGAUGUCAAGAUGAUGUUGAAAGUUUGAGAUAUUAAAAAGAUAUACGGAGUAUUACUUUUAUGUAGGGGUGGACUUGAUCCUAAUCUGGGCGGGUUUCACUCUCGGACUGACCAGUCUUUGGAAAAUUAUAUAGAGGAUUGAGACGUGUAUUUUCUCUUCCCGGCCGAUUCCGAUCCCCACCAGAUCCUGG